AAAAAUAGCUCACUUUGUCGCGAUGCUUCCAUACAAAUUCAUUUCCGAAUCGCGCGUCGGCGAAUUACUUGAAUGGGAACCCGUAGUAGACGCCGUCGAGCACGCCCUUAAAAGCGUAUCGACAGGAUGUGCCUUUCAAAGUCCUCGCGUUAAAAUUGUCCUGCCGGAAUCGAAUCUUCUGUACUCGACACCUGGAUACCUAAAGGAUGACAAAUACGGAGCAUUGGCCAGUCGCGUCAUGACGAAGUUUCCCAGCAACAGACGGUUGCAGCCUCCACGAUCGGCUUUGAACGCGAACAUAAGCCUGAUGGACGAAAGUACGGGGGUAGUGAAAGCGAUUAUCCAAGGGAAUGAGCUGACGGAUUGGAGAACUGCGGCGGUUUCGGUUGUGGCCACGAAACAUCUGCACAAGGAGAAACCGAAGGAGAUAUUGGCGAUCAUUGGCGCUGGAAUUCAGGGGCGAAUUCACGCCAUUGCGUUCCAAACGUGCUUCAAAUUUCGAGAGGUCCGUAUUUGGAAUCGUACUGGAAAACGUGCAGUGGAUUUGGCCAGGAAACUGAAUCAUGAGCUAAAAACCGACGCGUUCGUCUCAUGCGAAACUGUUUCAGAUUGUGUUAAAAACGCAGAUGUUAUCGUUACAGCGGCCAUGGCAAAAGAAAUGCUUGUAAAGCAUGAAAUGGUGAAGAAAGGAGCACAUAUUAACGCGAUCAGUGUCAAUCCUUCAGGUACUGAUCUGGACGAGGAAACCUAUCGAAUUAGCAAAGUGUUUUGUGAUCAUUGGACUGGUGUCGAACACGAACUCCAACACAUUAUCGCUUUUGGUGCAAAAUUCGUUGGACAAGUUGGCGAUGUGAUUGCUGGUUCGGUACAGGCGCCUGGAGCUGGCGAAACUAGCAUUUUUCAAAGUUUGGGAAUGGCUGUGGAGGAUUGCGCACUGGCUCGCUUAAUAUACGAUCUUGACCAAAUUGUCAAGUAGGACGUGAGAAAAUGUCACCCAGAAAAUUGCGCAGCAUUUCGACAAUAGAUCUCACACCAAAUUCAGAUUUGGAAUAAAACAAUUUGCAAUCAGUUUAAAUUGCUUCUUAAUAAUCCUGUUAAGAAAUGUUCACUAUUAUUGUAGCAGAUGUGUGAAUUAAGCUCACCUUGCAGUGUGUUAGGUCAGAUAAGGCUAUAUGCAAAAUAAUUAGCAGACCAGAAACAUACGGUAUCAAAUAUCAGUGAUCUAUAAUUAAGAAUUAAAGUUCGAGUGCAAGAUCUAGAUUCUA